AUGAAGUACUCGCUCGCCCCCUUCAUCCUCCGCCGGCCGUGGCUCUCACGCCUCAUUAAGCCCGUCUCGCAGUGGUACAUCAACGCCGCCGGCUACCGCCAGAUGGGUCUCAAGUACGAUGAUCUUCUCGAGGAGGAGAACGAAACCGCCCAGGCUGCCCUGAAGCGCCUCUCCAACCGCGAGUCCUACGAGCGCAUCUACCGCAUCCGACGUGCUGUCCAGUGCAGUUACCAACACAAGCUCCUCCCCAAGGACCAGUGGACUACCUCCGCCUCGGACAAGCCUUACCUCCAGCCCAUCAUGGAGGAGGUCGCCUCCGAGAAGGCCGAGAAGAACGAGCUCGACUCCAUUGCCGUCGUCCGCAAGCACUAA